GCGAGGGUAGCUGACGAUCAGGGACGUCCCACACCCAGCCUAGCCCCCUCUUUACUGCGUGACCAGGCAGCCUUCGCCCGCUCGCUCACAGCGCCUGCGCGUGGCCCUUCAGUUCAAGGGUCAGAGAGCAAUGAGGCGGAAGUGGCUCAUAAUCUGAGGUAGCCGCGGCGUCGGCGGCGACAACAACAAGAGGAGCAGCAGCAGCGGCGGAUUUGCCUCUUUUCUCCUCCCUCCUUUUCCUCGCUCGGGCCCCGCCGGCCCGGGAGCCCCUCUAGGGCGGGCCCUAUGAGUGUGUCGCUGGUGGUCCUUCGCUUGGAGCUGGCCGAGAGUUCGCCCGUGCCGGGCGGCUUCCCGUACAGCGCGGCCGGUGAGGCUACUGAAAUGUCUGAUGAGAUCAUCCAGGAGAAAUCGCUUGCAGCUGCCAGAGCCUCCUUGGAAGGAAAGGCGCCUGUCGAAAGAGCAGCCAUAAUUCACCAGCACAUUGGCCGCAGGGAGAUGACAGAUAUGAUCAUUGAGACUAUAACGCCUGAUGCAGAUGAGCUGAAAGCGGCAAUGGAGGAAGGCAAAGCUUCUGAGGCAUCCUCCCCUGAGGACCGAAGUAAGCACAAUGGCCAAAGUGGGAGUGUUGGGACAGCACCAGAUUCCCCCUCGAAGCAGCUUCCAGACCAGAUCUCCUUUUUCAGUGGAAAUCCAUCUGUUGAAAUAGUUCACGGCAUCAUGCACCUCUACAAGACAAACAAAAUGACCUCCUUAAAAGAAGAUGUGCGGCGCAGCGCCAUGCUGUGUAUUCUCACGGUCCCUGCCACGAUGACCAGCCACGACCUCAUGAAGUUUGUGGCUUCCUUUUAUGAAGUCAUCGAACACAUGAAGAUCAUCCGAGACUCCACCCCAAACCAGUAUAUGGUCCUGAUCAAGUUUAGUACUCAGGCGGAUGCAGAUAGCUUCUACAUGACUUGCAAUGGCAGACAAUUCAAUUCCAUAGAAGAGGAUGUUUGCCAGUUGGUCUACGUGGAGAGGGCCGAGGUCUUCAAGUCAGAAGAUGGGGCCAGCCUGCCCGUCAUGGACCUGACUGAGCUUCCCAAGUGCACUGUCUGCCUGGAGAGAAUGGACGAGUCUGUCAAUGGGAUUCUUACCACGCUUUGCAAUCACAGCUUCCACAGCCAGUGUCUGCAGCGGUGGGACGACACCACAUGUCCUGUGUGCCGGUACUGCCAGACGCCAGAACCUGUGGAAGAGAACAAGUGCUUUGAGUGUGGAGUGCAAGAAAACCUGUGGAUAUGUCUGAUCUGCGGGCACAUUGGAUGUGGCCGCUAUGUGAGUCGGCACGCCUACAAGCACUUUGAGGAGACUCAGCACACCUACGCCAUGCAGCUGACCAAUCACAGAGUCUGGGACUAUGCUGGAGACAACUACGUCCACCGACUGGUGGCCAGCAAAACAGAUGGGAAGCUAGUUCAGUAUGAGUGUGAGGGAGACAUUUGUCAAGAGGAGAAGAUGGAUGCCUUACAAUUAGAGUACUCCUACUUGCUAACGAGUCAGUUGGAGUCCCAGCGCAUCUAUUGGGAGAACAAGAUAGUCCGAAUAGAAAAGGACACAGCCGAAGAGAUUAACAACAUGAAGACUAAAUUUAAAGAGACCAUUGAGAAAUGCGACUCACUCGAGCACAAACUGAACGAUUUACUCAAGGAGAAGCAAUCCGUUGAAAGGAAAUGCACUCAGCUAAGCACCAAGGUGUCCAAAUUAACCACAGAACUGAAGGAAGAACAGGAAAUGAACAAGUGUUUGCGAGCCAACCAGAUCUUGCUCCAAAACAAGCUGAAGGAUGAGGAGAAACUGCUGAAGGAGACGUGCGAACAGAAGGACCUGCAGAUCACAGAGGUCCAGGAACAGCUGCGCGAUGUUAUGUUCUACCUGGAGGCACAGCAAAAAAUCAAUCACCUCCCUGCUGAGACUAGGCAGGAGAUCCAAGAUGGACAGAUCAAUAUUGCCAUGGCAUCGGCAGCCAGCUCAUCAGGAGGGGGGUCUGGGAAGCCUUCAUCCCGGAAGGGUAGAGGCAAGAGGGGCAAGUGAGAGAUGAAGGGGAGGCAACUGACCGUACCAAAACUGGCUACAGGGUGGUGGCCAGGGGCCGAGUGAGAGUCACCUGUCAGGCGAAGCAGGCACAAGAGUCUAGCAAGGAAUCAGUGACCAGUUUGCAGAGCCUUUCCUACCCCAGUGCACUAAGCCAGUGGCACUCAGCAGCCCUUAAGAAUCUCUUUCCCUCUGCUGGCUAUCUAGCUACUCAUAGGCAGUAUGUAGUGACUCCUUGGCUGUCUGACCAUAUUUAAUCUCCCCUUCUCUGCUGCAUAACCUGAGAACACUGUGUUCAGUUUUAGAUGUUUGCUUAAAAUCUUAUUUUAAAAUAAGUGCAAAAAACCAGAACGACAAGAGCUUUAGAUUUUUUUCAGGGGGAAAGGAUACUGUGCCUUGCACCUUCUUCAGUAAGCCAGCAGUAAAUCCAGACCCAGGCUUCCUUUAUCUUGGGACAUCUGGUUCAAAAGCAAAUGCAGGCAGUCUCCUUUUGGUAGGCAUGUGCCGGAAGGUGGCAGGAUUUCCAACUGGGUGCAAAAGUGAUGCCUGGCUUUUGUUCCAGGAGCCUUGCUGAAUGUUAAGAGCUCUUAAAACGGGAGUCUUUAUUGGCGUGAGAGCUGCAUCUGUUAGAUGCAUCUUCCUUCAUGAGGCCUUUGUUCUAAGUCUGCCCCCCAAGUUGUAAAAUAUGUUGGGAGCAGGGCUGGCAUAUCAUAGAUGAAGGGCGGGAUUGAUGAAGAACAUUCACCGAACUUUCAAGGGCUGUUUGGAAAGCGGGGUAGAGAAACCAGCUUAAAGGAUGGAAAAUGCACCAAACGUUUGCCAUUUUGAAGUCUUUCAAAUGCCAGUAGCCGAGUAGAAAGGCGAAUGCUUACAACAAAGUCAGGCUUGUUGGUUAGGUAGCUUUCUGGGAAAAUACAAAGCUAACAUUGUGGAUGUCUGAGUUUAUUCAAAAUGCCCUGUUCCUUGUGCUGUGCUAGAGGUGGGGCAGGAGCUGUGUCUAGUGAGUUGCACCCUCUCUCGUCAGUAUUUUUCUGCCUUGAUACCCGACUAUGCAUUGCAUGGGAACAUGUGUAACCAACACCUGAUGACCCCCUUCUCCUUUAAAAAAGCCCCCUCAAUCUGCUUUGGGAGGGGGUGAUUUAGAGUGGAGAAGCAAGUGUGUGCAUGUACUUAACCCUUUCCCCUGCUGCCACUUCUCUGCUUCAUAACUAUCCUGUCCCAAGCUGUGUUUCCACUGUCUGGUUCCAAACAUAUGGUUUCCCUUGCAUUUGGAAACUCAUGGGACCCUUGGGAGUUGGUUAUAUGCAUUUUGUAUGUAAAUUCUAGUUUAGCCCAUAGCAGGAAAUAGCAGAAUUUCAGCAGGCUGUGAGGAAUGACCUUGUUAGCAAAUAUUUUAGAGGCCUGAAAGCUAAAAAAAACUGUUCUAAGGGGAAAAGGGGAGGUGGCUUAAACGAACCUGGGGGAUUUUCUAACCCCUUCUAGCACCUGCAUUUUAAGCAUACAUCCAGUCUCUUCUACUUGCUACCUGAGCACGGCUGCUCUAAUGCCCCUUCAUAAUCUAAGAUAGCUGUGCAUGUGUAGGCUUGUGUGGGUCAUGCUUUGGCAAUGUGAAAUGUUACUUGUUUGCCUGAUAAGCACCAGUGCCUUCUGGGCACGCUACACUUAGUGGUAAGCGUUGCAGGUGCGCAAAGGGGUAGAACAAGUUAAGGCCCUGAUGAUUUUUAAAAAGUGUACACUUUGUAUAGGAGCAGGUAUACUAAUGAACACUGUCCCGCACUGAACGAACCAGAGUCAGAGGAUAAGAUGUUGGUAUUGGUGGCAUUCUGCUAAUUUUGUAGGGUACCUUGAGUAUUGUAGUUUUUUUAAAAAAAAAAUCUAUUCAGGCUACCACCAGCACAUGUAUUUUUUGCUUUGAAAAGGAAAAAAAUGUAUCCCCAAUUUAAUAUAGGCCUACCAAGUUCACUUGAUGCAGUUUGCCACAGGCUAUAUGUAAUACCAGAUUUUUAUCAGACUUGUCUAAGUACACCAAAUGUACUAGCAACUGACACAUUGUUUGCUGAGCUUUUUUCUUUUUCUGAUCAAAUUUUGUAGCAAAAAUGUAUCCUUUUUUAAAGAAAAAGUUUUGUGCACAUGCAUUAUAGAGGGACUCUGGUCAUUUUAAAAGCUAAAUGGUCAGUGUCUCUGUCUCCUAUAGAAAAACUACUCUGCUUAUUUUUUUUGAAACAAUCCUAUUUUUGCACUGGUUCCUCUUGCUUUGUUAUAUGCUCUGUCCUCAUAGGUUCUUCUCCUUUUCUCUUUCCCUCAUUCCUCUGAAGCUAGGAUGAGCAGAGUGCAAUAUUGGUGUGUGCGUGAUGGGAGAUUUUCAUCUAGGCAGAGAGUACAGUUUACAAACUACUAAAUCCAAGUAUAUAAAAAUGAAUCUGAGGGCACCAAAAGUAAUUGUUUGAAAGGGGUUAUUUAUCAGGGAAUCUGUUAGAAAGCUACUAUGAUGAGAUCACAGCAAGCCCAGACACUCCUCAGUGGCAUUAUUAUCCCAGUUUAGGGACUUGUUCUCACAUUCCACUUGCAUCAAGAUCUGGAUUCUUUCUGGAGAAGCAUUGUAUUUCCUCUGAAUUUUUUUUUAGUUUGUAGUCCAAACCUCUUAGAAAUUGAGGGGAGUUGCUUGAGGUCGUAAUUGAAAAUAUGCCACUUUUGUGUUGUGUAGGAACACUCUUAAAUCUGCCAAGCCUUUUACCCAGCUGAGCUGAGAGCAGUUGUAUUUAUUCGGAUAGGCUGGGGUUUGACUGACACUAGCAACACCCGUAGCUAUGUACUUCCUAAAAAGGGGAACUCUGCUGUAACAUCUGCAACAGGACUUCAUUAAACUGGAUAAAUUAUGCACAGUCGCCUUUGAGUACGUGUUUCCCUUGGAUAGCAGGCUUACCAAUAUCUACCAUAAUGCAGAAGGAGGUACAAUGAAGGGCAGGCUUGUGGGUGAAAAGGUGUGCUGUUUCCUUCCUUGGAAUUCUAACAGCUAGAAACACAGGCAGCUGUAGAGUCAGGUUAUUGGUCAGUCUAAUUGACUACUGCCUAAGCAAGGGGGCAAGGACCCUCCUACCUGUAGGUGGACUCUGCCCUCGUCCAGGGUGCGCUCUCUCCCCCCCCCCUCCGUCCUUGGGAUUCUUCCAGCCACUUGCCCUCUUUGGGUGCUUUUGUCUGUCGGGAAUCUCAUUUAACUGUGGUAGUGAUACCUCUUGCUUGAGUAGGUGGAGAAGAGUGGGUGGUAAAUAGAAGAAACCUCUUGGCUUCUGCAUGGCUGGAAUACGGCUUACUAUGGAAAGGUAAUAGUCAAAUUGGUUGGCCUGCUCAACUUCUGUCUGUGGUUCCACCUGCUACACAGCUCCCAGAAAAUUGCCCACAAAGAAAUACGGCCAUCAUGCUGAAAAAGGUUCCCCAUUUGGCUAUACUGACUGGCAGCAGCUCUCUGGGGCUUUAGGUGGUCUUUCUCAGCCCUUUCUAUAGAUCCUGGGGACUGUAUCUGAUACCUUCUGUAUGCAACACAUCUGUUCUUGUAACUACAUGUGAAGCGAACAGACAUGGCUCAGUUCAUAUGUAAUGUCAAACAAUGGUUUUGUAACUGGUCAGUCUUGGGCUCCUCAGCUCAGUCCCUCCCUCACUUCCCAUUUAGCACAUUUGCAGUUAUGGCUGAACCAGCAAACUAUUGUUUGCACAAAACAGGAUCUGAGUCUUCGCAGCAGAGGAGUGACGGAAGGUGGAACUUGGAAGGGAGCAAGGUCAUAUAAUUCCAAAGCGUGACUUCUCUGUCAUUUAUGAAGCACCUAGCCAUAUUUGCUUAACACAGCUUCUAGUUUUCCCACCAGGCCCAGCGGUCAUGAAAACAUCUUGAUGGUGCUUAAACUGUUUCACUGGCUCCUGGAUCAUUUUGAAGCAAGAUUCAAAGUGCUCGUGCUUGCCAUUUAAAACCCUACAGGUUUGGGAGCUGGAUGCUUUUUGCAGGUCAGCUUGCCUGUGGAAUGAAAUUGGCUUUAGAGGCUUUCUCCUUCAGGUGCCUCUGCCUUCUGCGGUGAAUUGGGUGGUGACUGAAGAGAGGACAUUCUCUGUGGUGGCUCACUGCUGUUGAAUGCAGUUCCCAGAAAGGCUGGUCUGGCACUCAGAUGAGGAAACUAUGAAGCUUAUUGCAUGUGAUUACAAAGUGUUAUAAAACGGAGAGAAAAUCGUCCUGCUAAGAGAUAAUAAAUCUUCUUAUUUCAUAAA